CGUACGGAGUCAUCACCAACCGCUCCUCCGCUUCUCCCUCUCUCUCCAGGCCCACGCGACGCGAUGCAUCCUGGAUCGGAGGAAUCGAACGUCGCCGCUCCGCCAUGUUUCGUUCAGGAGCCGAAACAACAGGCACCGCAGCCGGCAGCCAACAGAGGUGUCGCAGUACCAGCAGGGACGCUCAAGGCCGCCGCCGCCGGCGUAGGCCGCCCUGGUGCGGUAGGAAACAUGCACGUGCUCGGGGACAUUGGCAACGUCCUCCACGGUACCAGCCCGGCAGGGAUCAAUCGUCCAAUAAUCAGGAGGUUCAGCGCUCAACUCUUGAAGAAGGCCCAGGCCGAUCCAUCCAAGAACGGCACAGAACUGAUUCUAAAUUCCUCCAGCAGCGCUGACAGCCCUGAAGCCCCCUCGCUUAUAAAUAAAGCCUUGCAUGAUUUGCCCUUUAACUGAUGGACUGAGGAGGAGGUCAGAGAUGUAUAACAACCAUCUUGAUUCAAAUGACAUGUAUGACAGGGCUAACCUACUUACCUAGAAUUUUACCACAUCCUAGGACUUCCAAAUCUGUACGAUAGGAAUGGCUAGCUGUUUUCUUCUCUAUAACUCUCACAUGUAAUAGCUCCUCUCACCAUGUCUGCAUGUAGUGUUCAGGUAUGAUUCUUGCAUACUGUCGACAAGGGCGCGAUGUAUUUCCUGAACUAUGUUUUUUUUUUUGCAUAAUGGUUAAGCUCGGUUCAACUUCUACUGAGUAGUUGAUAGUCAAGCCUGAUGCAGAUAUUUGAGCAAAAAAAAGCUUGAUGCAGAUAUUUGAGGAAAAAAAAAGCCUGAUGCAGAUAUAUGGAGGUUAUGCGAUUCCACUACCUCUAGAGUUGUCCUCUAUACUGAUGAGGCCUACAUUUUUUGCUCAUGCAGGUUGGAGGGAAACAUGAACUCUGGCAAUCCAAAAUAUCAGAUAUAAAAUAACUGAAGCUCUUGCGAUGUAUUUAUAUAACAACAAGGAACAAGUCUGUUUUUUACAUCCGACCUCGGCCAAGCAAUUUAAGCUUAUAUGGGUGCUUUCUAUUUUUCAGAGGUGCAUGUAUUGAGAGCGCCCAUGAUUUAGGCAAAAAAGCUAGACAAAGUAACAAAAUUUGUACAAAUUGUACUUGAAGCCAGUGAUAUCCCGUUGAUGGAC